GUGAUCGAGCUCGUGACCCAUGAUGGUGCGAACCCGAGACUCAACAACCUUUCGCUUUUAACUUCAACUUGGUUCUUUUUUCAGUUACAGUGUUUAGAGCAUACUAGAGAGGUGUUAGAAACUAAUUAGUGAAAGUGCCGCCAGCUGUCGUAGGAACCCGCUAACUAGCUGUUCUCGCCACCGCCAGCUGUCAUGCAACAUCUGCCUGAAGAGCACGACUUUAAUCGCAGACAUCGGUUCCUUGACCCAGACCCAAAUAAUUCUGGUCGGGAACGAGCAACAAGUCAACCACCAAGAACAAACCUGACAAGUCUACGCAAUCAAAACUCUCCUUCAUCUUCACCAUCUUCAUCUUCAUCUCCCUGGUCACCACGCAUGCUCCAACAACCAACCCGCACAACAACGACAUCCACAACCACAACAGGUCUCCCAAUGAGCGUACCAACCCGCAGCUCCUCCUUCUCAAACCCCCAAUCAAACUACAGCUCUGCACUCCGCGAAUCCCACUUCGAGUCUACGUUCGAAGACGACGAAUCAGAAGACCGCUACCUACCCACUUCAUCCCGUGGCCGUUCCUAUGCUCCCGAUCUCACCCGCAGCCGCUCUCAAAGCCUCGCUACCACCACCACCCGUCCCACCUUAAUUCAAACCCCAUAUCAUCAUUCCAACCCAUGGGCAGACGCAGCUAACAAUAACAACUCAAACCCUCUCAGUAUUCCAGGUACUAGGUAUGGAGAGAUCAAACCACCCGCGUCUAGUCGUUAUGGGAGCCUCGGCGCUAUGGGCAGGUCCCCGCUCGCCGAUAACGGCUAUCCGAACAGGAACACCAUCGAUGUCUCCAAUAUGAGUCCGUUUGUUCGUGAUGUCGGCCAGAUCCUCCUAGACGACGGCUCUGCAUUCCGAGAACUAUGGGCGGGUAUGAAUCCUCCAAAAGAUGAGAAUGGUGGGGGUGGAAGUGGGACUACUAGUCGGAGACACAGCGUUAGUGUCGUUCAGCCCCGUAGGCCUACUAUCGUGGGGUUUAAUGCGCCUGAGAGCCCUGGGGACGAGACGCAUGGACAUACUCGUGUUGGCGUGUUUAAUGCACAGCCGUUUGGAGGCAGGGGCGGUCUUAUGUUUUCAGAUGACGAUUUAGCUGCUGAUCUCGAGCCCGGUGCGCCGUCUAGCUCGUCAACCACGAGCCAGCCGUCCUCCCUCCCCAUCUAUCCACGCAGCCCGCCCUCCACAGACCGCGUAUCCCCCUACCACCUCAACAUCCCAUCCGGCACGAGCUUUGCAUCCCGCCAACAAUUCGGGUCUCCAAGCGACAGCGCGCUUUCUACGGGCGGAAGUCCCCCUCGGGGGCAUUUUGACCAGCAGAUUUUGGAUGCGCAGUAUUCUCAGCAGCAGCUUACGGCGCGGUUCAUCCCAGGGCAGGGUAUCCAGUACCUCCCUGCGCAGAACAACGGCCCGUACUACCACCAAAUCCAACGACGCCUCUCCGAUGCGAGUCAAACUCAGCAAACGCCCUUGAGUGACCUAGGGAAAGGACUCCCUCUAAGCAGCGUCCCGGCCUCCUGGCCGCUCUUCAUCGUCGAAUUCAAAGCGGGACGUACGGAUCUCUUCUAUCUCACUGAUUUGAGCCAAGAUAUCAGGGUUGGAGAUUUGGUGAUCGUUGAAGCGGAUAGAGGGAAGGAUUUGGGCAAGGUUGUGAAUGAUAGCAUUACACUUAAGGAAGUGGAGGCGUUUCAAGGGAGUCCUGGCGGGGUUGGUGCGGGAGCUGCUGCGACGGGGAAGAAGGAGAUUAAUCCGAAGAUGAUUUAUGGGAAGGCCCAGGCUCAUGAUACUCAGCAUUUAGUGACGAAGAUGCAAGAUGAAGUUAAAGCGCUGCAAUUGUGUCAGAGUAAAGUUCGGCAGAAGAAACUUCCUAUGGAGGUUAUUGAUGCGGAGUAUCAGUGGGAUCGACGUAAACUCACGUUCUACUUUAUCGCUGAAAAACGAAUUGAUUUUAGGGAGCUUGUCCGGGAGUUGUUCCGGUUGUAUAAAACAAGGAUCUGGAUGGCCUCUUUACAAGGCCCAGGAGGGUACGAGCAGUAAUUGCUCCCCUUACAUCUAUACAAAUAAAGAAGAGGAGAGGAACAGAACGGAAUCCCAAUCCCCAAAACGCCCAAUCACACGCAAACUAUCACGAUCACAUGACGCCAGCCAAUCUCACGAAAUGUAUGCAUGUAUGGUAUGAUCUAGAUAUGCAAUAUCCACACUCUUCAUCGCACAUCUAGAAUCUUUUUGUUCAUUCUUUCAUUUGUUUCAAGUUCGAGUUCAAGUUCAAGCUAUUUAUGGAACAAUGUUCGUUCAUGUUCUGGUUUCUUUUGGUUUUGUAUCGUAUUUUGUCGCGUGUACGUUAGUGUAGAGGUUUUAUUCUGUUUCUGUGGAGUGUGCUGGGAGGGACGGGGAUGGGGAAUGGCCCUGACGCCUUGUAUUAGUAUCGUAUAUCAAUCUAAACUAU